GAAAAACCUGAACAGGAAUGACCAAUCAAUAAAUUCCUUACAAAGCAUGUUCGGUUGAAAUGACAAAAUGGCGGAAGAUGAGGCAAAGAGUGUUGAAAUACCAAAAGAAAUAUUGGCACCACCAGAUGGGCCCAGAGAAGACAUGAUAUCAACAGCUGUCAAAUUUCUUCAAAAUCCAAAAGUAAGAAAAAGUCCAUUACACCAGAAGAGGGCAUUUCUUGAGAGGAAAGGUCUUUCAAAGGAAGAGAUAGAAAUGGCAGUUCAGAGGUCAGGGGUCACAGAGGAGAACAUAGCUAAUACCCCUAGCACUCAGAACACAGUCACCCCUUAUGGGGCCCCUAUUCCUGGACAAGGACCUCAGGUCUACCAACAGUUAGCACCAUACAGUGGUUGGACCAGGAUGAGAGAUAUUCUUUCAAUCAUUGCAUUGGCUGGUGGACUGUCCUAUGCAGCUUACAGAUUUUAUAAGGAAGUAAUACGACCAUUGUUGUUUGGAAAAUCAAAAGAAGAGAACAGGCUGGAGAAAAUGGAAAGAACAAUGACUGAACUUCAGCAAAGCAUUGUUACAACCCUGGCUACAGUCCAGGAGUCCCUGACAGUUUUACAGGGCAUGGUCAGCAAGCAAGACAAAAAACUGCAGGCCAUAUCACAUGAUGUUUACAAUAAGCAGUCUUCAGAGACCCUUUCUAGAGUACAAGAAUCCCACGUCACUUCAGAAAUCAAGCAAGAACUGACAUCCAUCAAAGGACUUCUUCUGAACAGACGACAGUUUCCUCCCACGCCAGUUUCAUCACCAGUGUUACCUGCCUGGCAACUUUCCAGUAAUACCCCAAGUGCAGCUGCACCAACAAAAACGCUAGUGACCCCUGGUGGUGACAGAGAGGUAUCGGAGGAUGCUCUGCUGAACAGUAAUGAAAAAGACAGAUCAGAGGAUGAUCAAAAGCCAGUUGAAGUUCAGUCAAGUUCGACCAGUUUAGCAGAAAACACUGCUGCUCAAGAGAGUGAUUCAUUAAACACGGAUGUGAUACCAACAAAAAACAUUCAACAAGAUGAUGAAGAGGUGGACUAAAUAGAUGGAAGACUGUGAUAAUUCUGUUCUUUGUUUUUUCAUGUGACUACGAUGAUAGUGUAUGUAUGAUUGAUGAGUUGAAGGAAAAAUGAUUGAAAUUGCCAAAAGUGUUUUAAAACAUGCAUGUUACUGUACUGGUAAAUUAAAUGUAAAUCUC